AUGGCCAGCGAAGGUGUAAAAGAUAUGGUGAGUGCUGGUGCUACUCAAGAAAGUAAUGGUGCUCAAAAUUCCGCUGAAAAUGAGGCUCAGGACGUUGACAUGAUGGCAAAUGACCAGAACAUGGACGACGACGAAGACGAAGAAGAACUUGAUAAAGAAAAGAUCAAACUACUAUCCAGUGCCACAUCCGAGGACGGAAAAUGUGCUUCUUUCCAAAUCUCAGAAGAAGACCACACAUUGGGCAACGCCUUGCGUUACAUCAUCAUGAAAAACCCGGACGUUGAGUUUUGCGGGUACUCGAUUCCUCAUCCCAGUGAAAACCUCUUGAAUCUACGAAUUCAAACGUACGGUGACUCAACAGCCGUGGAGGUGCUCCACAAAGGCUUGCAGGAUCUGAUGGAUCUGUGCGAUGCUGUAGAGGACAAAUUCACACAGCGCAUCCGCGAAAUGUAA